CAAAAAGGAAGAACUGACAAGAGAGAGAGAUACGCUAAAUAAGAGAAAGUUGAAAAAAUCGAAAGAUUGAGAGAACAAUGACGACAAUGUUGGAAUGGUGCGUCGGAAUUGGGAUCACCCUGUUGACCUUCCUCAUCUACUUUGCAUAUUUCUUCAAAUUCAACUGGGUGAAAGACUUGAGAACUGAGACUAAAACGCGGCAGACCCGCAGCUUUUACGCGGGUAACAAACAUCGAAAGGUGGGUAAACUACCGCCGGUUUAUCCAAACGGAUGGUUCGCUCUGCUUGAAAGCUCGCAGAUAAAAAAUGGUCAGGUGAAACACGUGUGUGCUCUCGGCGAAAAUUUCGCGGUGUUCAGAACCGAAAGAGGCGUUGUCAACAUUUUAGACGCAUAUUGCCCGCAUUUAGGGGCAAAUAUGGCCGAGGGUGGUCGUGUCAAGGGAGAUUGUCUGGAGUGUCCUUUUCAUAGCUGGACAUUUCGCGGAAAGGAUGGCUACUGCGAGAACAUACCUUAUGCUGAAAAGGUACCACAUGUCGCUCGAGUGAAAGUUUGGAAGAGCUGCGAAGUGAAUAACAUUAUCUUCGUCUGGUACCACUCUGAAUCAGCUGAGCCAGACUGGCAACCCCAAUCGCAUACAUACAUCUCCAAUAGGUCCUGGCGCUAUCAAGGUCGCAAUGAAUAUCUCAUUAACUGUCACAUACAGGAAAUAGUUGAGAAUGGAUCUGAUCCCGCGCAUCUUACCUCGGUGCAUGGUCCAGUUAUGUUUCUCUCUGGCAACUUUUCCUGGUUAGCUCGGCAUUUGUGGAUCACCUACACAGGAUGGCGACCGCAUUGUUCACAUGAUAACCAAACGGACGAAGACGAAGAAGCAGCAAAGUCGUGCACUAAAUUGAACAACAUAUCGCUCCACCCGAUCGUGAAUGGCAACGGAAAUCGUCAAUUUGCAAUUUCACAGAAUAGCUUCAGCAGUAAAGAGAACCACAAAGCCGGACUGCACAUGUGCCACAAGUUGGUCCUUCUGGAACGUUUUAACGUAAUGGAGAUUGAUGUACUCACUGAGCAGAUUGGUCCUAGUUAUGUCGAGCUAAUUAUCACCACAUCGAUCGGGCCUAUGUGCAUUCUGCAGACAGUAACGCCGAUUGAGCCAUUACUGCAACGAGUGACUCAUCAGAUCUAUUCGCCACCUUUACUGGCGCCAUACGCGAAUUUAAUUUUUCUAGGCGAGUGCGUGAUGUUUGAGCGCGACAUGAAGAUCUGGAACUACAAGAGAUAUGAACGACAACCUACUCUGGUGCCCGAGGAUCGAGGCAUCCAAGCAUUCCGCCGUUGGUUCUCGCAGUUCUACUCCGAGCACAGUCCCACCUAUGAGACGGCCAUGAAGGAUCUACAAUGGUAG